UUAAAUGACAUGUUAGCGAGUGGAUAGAGUGGGUGGGUUUGUUGUGAGGGAAUUGAAAUGGGAAAGUGUUGGUUUUAUGGGGUUUUGAUUGCAGUGGCAUGUUUGUGUAAUUUUCUUGAAACAAGUGUUUGGGGUGUUGAAGGGUACCCAAUUGAGGAUCUGGUUGUGAGGCUUCCAGGACAACCUAAGGUUAAAUUCAGUCAAUAUGGUGGCUAUGUUGAUAUUGAUGUUAAACAUGGUAGAAGUCUCUUCUAUUAUUUUGUUGAGGCUGACCAUCACCCUCACAAAAAACCUCUCACCCUUUGGCUCAAUGGAGGUCCUGGAUGUUCUUCCAUUGGAGGAGGUGCCUUUACUGAAUUAGGUCCAUUUUAUCCUACUGGUGAUGGACGCGGUCUACGAAAGAAUUCAAUGUCUUGGAAUAGAGCUUCCAAUCUCCUCUUUGUGGAGUCUCCUGCUGGAGUUGGUUGGUCAUACUCAAAUACAUCUUCCGAUUAUAACUCCGGCGAUGCCUCCACAGCCGAUGAUAUGGUUUUGUUCUUGCUGAAAUGGUAUGAGAAGUUUCCUUCAUACAAAUCAAGGGAUCUGUUUCUUACCGGAGAAAGCUAUGCAGGACAUUACAUACCUCAGUUAGCUAAUGCUAUUCUUGAUUAUAAUGCUCAUUCAACCGGUUUCAAAUUCAACACGAAAGGAGUCGCAAUUGGAAACCCCCUUCUCAAUCUGGAUCGCGAUUCACAAGCAACGUAUGAUUAUUUCUGGUCACACGGAAUGAUUUCUGAUGAAAUUGGUCUUGCCAUUACGAAUGAUUGUGAUUUUGAUGAUUAUACCUUUGCAUCUCCUCAUAAUAUAUCUAAAUCAUGCAACGAUGCCAUGAACGAUGCGAAUAAAGUUGUCGGCGACUAUAUAAACAACUAUGAUGUGAUUCUUGAUGUUUGUUAUCCAUCCAUAGUUGAACAAGAGUUGAGAUUGAAAAAGAUGGCGACUAAAAUAAGUAUAGGUGUAGAUGUUUGUAUGAGUUAUGAAAGAAGAUUCUACUUCAACCUCCCUGAGGUUCAAAAGGCUCUUCAUGCUAACCGUACCAAUCUGCCUUAUCCAUGGUCCAUGUGCAGUGGUGUUUUAAAUUACAGUGAUACUGAUCCUAACAUUAAUAUGCUUCCAAUUCUGAAACGGAUUGUUCAAAACCAUAUUCCCGUAUGGGUUUUCAGCGGAGACCAAGAUUCUGUUGUGCCAUUACUAGGUUCUCGAACACUGAUUCGAGAACUAGCUCAUGACUUGAAGUUCAAGAUUACAGUCCCAUAUGGAGCUUGGUUCCACAAAGGCCAGGUCGGAGGUUGGGUAACUGAAUAUGGAAAUUUGUUGACUUUCGCGACCGUAAGAGGAGCGGCUCACAUGGUACCAUAUGCACAACCUUCAAGAGCAUUGCAUCUAUUUAGUUCCUUUGUGAAUGGUAGGAGAUUGCCAAACACAACUCGACCGUCAAUUGACGAAUGAUAUUUUUAUGAAUAAAAAAAAUGGGAUGAUGAGUCUGCCAACUAUAUAUAACAUAUGGAAAUAGCAGAUUCUUUUGUCGAAUUGAUUCUUACUAGAUUUGAAGAAUUUAUAGCCUAAAAAGUUGUAGCAUUGAAAAAGAAAAUGAUUAAGGAGUGUUUCUUUGUAGUUCAUUAGCAAAGUGUAUGGAAAAGAAACUUAGAAAGGGGAGUGAGAAAAGAAAUUAUUCUAUUCUUUUUCAUUAUUGAGUCUAUUGAUUCCCUGCAUUAUUUAUUCUUGGAUCUUUAUUUGGAA